UGGGGUGGCCUCGAGCCUGGGCAGAUGAGGGCCAGCCCGGCGCCGGAGCCCCACUGCCUCGGGGUGCGGCGAAGGUCUCGGGGUGGGUGACCAGCGAUGGCUAGAUACUGUAUCAACCGCAAUAAAAAAACCGGGAGCCCUCCGGGAUGGCCUUCAGGUGUGAGUGUGUCUUUGCUGUACUGGGGAGGGGCGGCCCCUUUUUGGCGCGCUGAGACUGCGCAAGGCGGAGCUGGGCGCGCGGCACCUACCGCCAGGGGACGCCGUCGGGAGCGCGCGCCACGUGGCGGGGAGCCGCCCUGGGCGCUGGCAGCGGUGGGGAGGCUCCCUGAGGGCAGGGCCAGCUUGCUCAAAAGGCCAAGUAUCCCCAGCGCUGCACCAUUCGCCAUUCGCUCGCGCUCGCGAACACAGCAACAUGUUGCCGCGGAGGUCCCAGUCCUGGGGCGACGGCUCCGAAGAGGAGCCCGAGAAACCCGGUCCAUCAUCGGGCAGUGAGCAGAGCGAGACCAAGAGCUCUGGAGAGGAGGCACCGAAGGAUCAAGGGGCGGCAUCACAGGACAGCGUGCCGCCUCAGGCCCUCAACGCUCCCUGGACCCCGGGGCAGCAACUGGCGCCGGAGCAGGCCCAGCAAGCCCCAGCUUUCCAUCAGGUAUCCUGGGAGGUGAGUCCUACCAGGAUGGCUCUGCUACCACCUUGGGAUCCCAGCUACGAGGUUAAAGCGGGAACUCGGGUGCUGUGGGCGGCCGGCUGCGGGUCUGGUGCAUCUUACUCUGGGCGGACUUUGUGGCAUCCGUCCUUCUGGCCGCUGUAUGAGACCAGCUCCGGUGGGACCAGCUCUGGCGUGGCCAGCUCCGGCGUGGCCAGCUCCGGCGGGGCCAGCUCCGGCGGGGCCAGCUCUGGUGGGGCCAGCUCCGGCGGGGGCUCCCAGCCCCAGGCCCCUGGCGCUGGCCAGCAGCCUGCUGAGUCGGUGGCCCGGGAUGCAGGGAUCCCUGUGGUGUGCAGGGAAGAAAUCUUCUUCUUAGAUCCUCUGCUUCCCCAGGGGCAACGGGUGCCUCUGUUGCUGUCAGAGGUCCCUCAACAGGCCGUGGGCUCCCUGAGGCUGCUGUUGCCUCCUGCGAUCAUGUCUCCCUUGGUCGUGCCCACUGUGACCCGGAGCACCUCCACCGCCUGGCUCACCGGGCCGGAGCUCAUAGCUGUCACUGGGCUGCUGCAGAUGAGUGAGGGGCCACCACGACCCAGCACCCCCCCUCAAACUUCUCCUCUGUCUGAGGACCCCCCAAGCUCAGCCGAUGAGCCCCAGGACCCCGAGGGUGGCCAGGACUGCCCUCCGGGUCCUGACUCGGACCUUGCACGGUCCCCAGGCCCCCAGAGUCAGUAGCUCCUCUUGGUAAAAGGUAGGAGGGGGGGGGCCCAGCAUAAAGUCAACCGCCUGCUUCCCUCACAAGCUUGAUGAAGAAUAAAAGUGUUGACUUGCAAA